UUUCACUUUUCAAUAUCUGAGAUGCCUCUUCUCUCUCUCUCUUGUCUUUGACUAUGAAGACUCAUUGAGAUUGAAGAAUUUACAGCUUCAGUAAACUUGCGAAGAAGACAAAUCUGCUGAGCUGGGUCUCUCUAUCUCUCCCUCCCUCCGUUCCGAUAUGAACUUCAAAUCUGCCCAUUCUCUAUUUCCCUUCAGUUUUUUCCAUUUUUUUCACUACUACGUACCGCCGGAACAAGAUCUACAGCCUUGGCUGCAAGAUUACGCCGGAGAAUGUUGCUCCGAUCUUCUUUUUCUCUUUUUCCCCUCCAUUUCUGUAUUUUCUUUUUUUUCUCUCAGUUUUGCAAAAUUUCGGACGAAAUUUCCGGUAAUGUCAUCUCGGCCGGUAUUUUCCGGUAAGGCCCGAUAUUGGAGCCGAAACGGUAUUAAAGGGUUACAGUACCAUUUUUCUCACAAACCAGUACGUAUCGACCGGUACGGAACGGUAUUCAUAACCUUGGUUUUGCUACCCAUUUCCAAGGGUAAAACCAUCAUUCAGUAUCAAUCAGCAUGGCACCAUAAAUUUAGUGGGUGGCAUUAGGUGCUCCCCAAAGGCAAAAAGCAUUCAAGACCUAUUCUCGCAGUUGAGAACAGAAAACCGAACCAAACCUUGAACGUGCGUCGAAUCUCUUGAACAAUAUCGUGUCCAUAUUCUCUACCCUUCGUCACCAAUUCAAACCAAACCCACGUCAAAACCCUAAUCUUUCGCCUAUUUAAGCCCCUAAUUCCAUCACCAGAGCAUACCCAAAUUACAGCCAUGAGCUCAGUCCAUCUCUUUCUCAACCACUCCAUCGUCUCUCCGGCGGCGGAGGCGGGUAUUCGCCGCCACAGAAUUCCGUUCACCGGGAGAGUGAUCGCUUGCGCCACGGUGGACGUGCGGCCGCCGGGUUUGGCUGUGGCGGCCACGGAGGCGGAGGCGGUGAUGGCGACGGAGGCGAGGGUUUUGGUGGGGACCUAUGCGAGGGCUCCGGUGGUGCUGGCGAGUGGCAAGGGAUGUAAAUUGUAUGACGUGGAGGGGCGGGAGUAUCUGGACAUGACGUCAGGGAUCGCGGUGAAUGCGUUAGGGCAUGGGGAUCCUGAUUGGGUGAGGGCUGUUACGGAGCAGGCGAAUGUGCUUGCCCACGUCAGCAAUGUCUUCUAUUCUGUUCCCCAGGUGGAGCUCGCAAAACGUCUAGUGGAUUCUUCUUUUGCGGACCGUGUCUUCUUCUCAAACAGCGGAACAGAAGCAAAUGAAGCUGCUAUUAAGUUUGCGAGAAAAUUCCAAAAGUUUUCGAAUCCGGAUGUGAAACAGCCACCUGCAGAGUUUAUUUCAUUUAGUAACAGCUUCCAUGGGAGGACCAUGGGUGCUCUUGCUUUGACUAGCAAAGAGCAGUACAGAACACCUUUUGAACCAGUCAUGCCAGGUGUCACUUUCUUAGAGUACGGGAAUAUCCAAGCUGCUGUAGAAUUGAUUCGAACCGGAAAGAUUGCUGCAGUAUUUGUGGAACCCAUCCAAGGUGAAGGUGGCAUAUACACUGCCACCAAGGAGUUCUUGCAAGCCCUUCGUAGCGCUUGUGAUGAUGCUGGCGCUCUCCUGGUUUAUGACGAGGUUCAAUGUGGCUUAGGCCGCACUGGCCUCCUCUGGGCAUAUGAAGCCUAUGGUGUAUUCCCUGAUAUUAUGACUCUUGCUAAACCUCUCGCCGGAGGUCUACCCAUUGGUGCUGUAUUACUAACUGAAAAGGUCGCUUCUGCCAUAAAAUACGGAGACCAUGGAAGCACUUUCGCCGGUGGGCCUCUCAUUUGCGCAGCUGCCAUUGCCGUUCUGGGUAAAAUCUCCAAGCCAGAGUUCUUGGCCAGUGUCUCCAAGAAAGGAAAGUAUUUCAAGGAAAUCUUGAUACAAAAACUGGGGGGAAACUCGCAUGUGAGAGAAGUACGAGGAACGGGCCUUAUUGUUGGCGUAGAACUCGACGUAUCUGCAUCGGCACUUGUGGAUGCGUGUCGGAAUUCCGGUCUUCUUAUAUUGACGGCGGGCAAAGGAAACGUGGUUAGGCUUGUGCCGCCGUUGGUCAUUUCUGAGGGGGAAUUGGAUCGUGCGGCGGAGAUUUUGCUGGAAUGUUUGCCGGUGCUUGAUCAGAGUAACUCAAAGUAGGAGGGAGAAAAUAUUCCGACUGUCAGUGUAUUGUCGCUCUUAGAUUUAUUGUAGAAUUUUCAUGUUUGUAUUGGCCUUCUUCGUGAUUUAGAUCAAUAAUUAUUCGCAGUAAGCUUAACAAAGUAA